GGAUAAUUAGUGUUAACUCUUAGGCGGCCUUCCACAUUCUUGCUGUUUUCCAAGAAAGAUGGAAGAGCUGAGUCAAGCCCUGGCUGGUAGUUUUUCUGUGUCACAAGAUUUGAAUAGCACAGCAGCCCCACACCCCCGCCUGUCCCAGUACAAGUCCAAGUAUAGUUCCUUGGAGCAGAGUGAGCGGCGCCGUCGGUUACUGGAACUGCAGAAAUCUAAGCGACUGGAUUAUGUGAACCACACCAGAAGACUGGCUGAAGAUGACUGGACAGGGAUGGAGAGUGAGGAGGAUGAAGAUAAGAAAGAUGAUGAAGAAAUGGACAUUGACAUUGGCAAGAAAUUACCGAAACGCUAUGCUAAUCAAUUGAUGCUCUCUGAGUGGUUAAUUGACGUCCCUUCAGAUUUGGGGCAGGAAUGGAUCGUGGUCGUCUGCCCUGUUGGAAAAAGAGCUCUAAUCGUGGCCUCCAGGGGUUUUACUAGUGCCUACACCAAGAGUGGCUACUGUGUCAACAGAUUUUCUUCCCUCUUGCCAGGAGGCAACAAGCGAAACUCAACAACAGCAAAAGACUAUACCAUUCUGGACUGCAUUUACAGUGAGGUAAACCAGACCUACUAUGUUUUAGAUGUGAUGUGCUGGCGGGGACACCCUUUUUAUGACUGUCAGACUGAUUUCCGGUUCUAUUGGAUGCAUUCGAAGUUACCAGAAGAAGAAGGACUGGGAGAGAAAACAAAGCUCAAUCCUUUUAAAUUUGUGGGACUCGAGAAUUUCCCAUGUACCCCUGAGAGCCUGUGUAAGGUGCUGUCCAUGGACUUCCCUUUUGAGGUGGAUGGGCUUCUCUUCUACCACAAGCAGACCCACUACAGCCCUGGAAGCACUCCCCUGGUGGGCUGGCUGCUCCCCUACAUGGUAUCAGAUGUUCUUGGUGUGGCUGUGCCAGCUGGCCCACUGACCACCAAGCCAGAAUAUGCUGGGCACCAGCUCCAGCAGAUUAUCGAGCACAAGAGGAGCCAGAAGGAGGAUGUGAAGGAGGAAGUCUCACACAAGACCCCAGAGAAUGGCUGCUAUGAGUUGGAACACCUGUCUACCCGCAAGCCGAAGAGCCCUCCCCAUAACUCGGACCACCCUGGGAGCCUCAUGGAGAACUAAAGAGAGCAGCCUCCUUUGGGAGUCAUGGGACAGUGCCUGACUCCAGAAGGAAGCUGGGAUUGAGGACAGUGGUGACUCUAACAGGUGACUUCAUUUUCCAAAGGUAUUCCAGCUGGAAAGAGCUUGCCUCCUUUGUGUGAGGCUGGCUCAGACAGUUGGAGAGUUGCUUCCCAGACUGGGUGGUGGUCGCAUUGAGUUUUAAGUAGCUCGUCCUGUGAAAAGUGUACCCCGCAUCCCCAGUGUUAAAUAUAUGUGAUU